AUGCCAGAGAUUUCCUCCUUUGAUUUCACAUCUCAUCACUCUCACCAUCAGUAUCACAAUCACUACCAGUAUCAACCACACUCACUACAAACCCUAUCACACUUCUUUUUCAACCAACCAACACCAGAUUACCAAGAUCUUCCUAUCAAAAUGCAGUUCCUCAGCACCCUCACCAUUACCAUGAGCGCCAUGCUCUCUCUCACUGCUGCGGGUCCUCUCUCUGUCCGCGCAGACUUGGAUUGCCCCGAAAGCUAUGUCUCCUGCGGAAAGGACGGCACCAACGGCGACGGGGGCAGCCGAUGCGCGGCGGAGUGCACCUACCUGGGCGGCCCUACCUCGCUGGGCCGCUGCACCAACUCGUGUCCCUCCGGAUACUACCCGGACGCUUGCAUUAGCGGAGGCGCUUUCGACAGGCGCUUCAAGUGCACUGAGCUUUAA